CUACCAUUCUCCGUGCUCCUGCACCUGGUCGCGUGGCUCUUCCUGACGUCGCAGAAGCACGCCAAACGCCUCGAAGAUGGCUGGUGCUGGGGUUCUCCGGGAUGCUGCAACGCAGCGAGCUGGUGGCGCUGACGCUAGCAGAUGUGGGGCAGCUCAGGCCGGAGGGGCUUGUGGUGCUGGCGGUGCGUAGCAGCAAGGCGGAUCAGCAGGCCGUGGGCACCGACGUUCACUUCGCGGACCUCACGACCAGCGGCAUCCCCAUCGGACGUAUCGUGGGCGCGGGGGCUGGCGAGGCGGACGCCCUCUUCGCCUUGGUGCUGCAACCGCGGGCAGGCCUGUCCAGGUGCUGGCUCACGCAUCGGCUGCGGGCGCUGCAACUGGCCAUGUGGUAGGGCAAGGCGGGCAUGCCGAACGUGACCAGCAUGUUCUCAGCACACAACUUGCGGCGGGGCGGCGCCACCGCGGUGGCAAGUGCCUGGGCAUCAAUUACCAACUCAGACAUGCACUAAGAGAGACGGAUGCGAGGAGAAACAACCAGGCAUGAGCGGAUUGAGGACAUCACCAUGAGAUGUGUUGAUUUCUUGUACGCUCAGAGCAUUGUCUUGGGGGCAAGCCUCCCAAACCCCCCGAAAUCGUACAUGGGGGGUUGCCAAAGGCCUGGAAAGCGCACAUUGACCAUGCUUGACCCAAAAAAGGUGUACGAUUUCAGCGGAUUUGACGGAAAUUUCUACGCAUAUUGGUAUAGAUAGGAUAAGACCUCUGGUUUACAUCCGCAAGUUGUUUAGGUGCAUGUAGGCGAAGACGACGGGGUAACAGCAGUGGGAUAUGAGGGGGGAGUUUCUGCCCGGCGCGGAUUGUGACUGGCUGGGCAGACCAGUGAGCGGGAUAGGCGGCGCGUGAUGGCCGCCGGCUGGAGGCCCACGGCUCGGCCGCCGACCCGUCAGCUUACAAGCCCCUUUUGAAUAUGCUGCUUCCCCCCAUCCCCCGAGGGUUUCAAAUUGUGAACUGCGCAGAGAGAUGUGGGGAGCACCAGAGAAGAGGAACGUGCGUGGCAAGGAGGUUGCCUUACCCUUGCGAACUUACGUGUGCGUGUCCGUGGUGGCAUGUCAUAGCCAACGCCGUAGCCCGAAUACCGAUUUCUUUUUU